UUUGAACUACUUUUGACAGAAAUGUCAAAUUGGAUGUUUUUAAAAAUCCGAAUCAGCUGAUUUUUGUUUUUUCAAAGAACUAGUAGUGUAAAAAAUAUGUUUUAACAAUUACGAAUAUAUUUAUAACAUAAAUGAAUAAGUUUUAUAUGUUGUUUUACCAAUGCGUUCAUCUGUAAGUUAUAUUUUGUCGUCCAGCACAACCGAACCAAACAUGUCUCACCCAGAUUAUGAACAAUUCUCUCAUGAUCACGCGGCGAUAUUGAUUCUUUUGAAGCACAUAGGUUCCCAGUUAAAACCCAAAACUUUUAAUAAGUUCUAUGACCGAAUUUCCAAGAUAAACGAGGUAAAAAUAACAGACUCCACUGGACAAGUACGAAACAUAACGGUUCGCUUUGUUAAAGAACAUCCAGUUGAAAACAACGAUUGGGGCGACUUUCAGACACACAGAAGGCUUUUAGGGCUUGUUUCUUUAGGCAAGUAUGAUUCCCAAACUGAACUGAACGAAGUAUGCAGAGUUCAUGAGAGUUUAAAGGUGAAAUACAAUGCAACUCUUUACGAUUCAAGAUGUGUCUUGUUUGGACCGGCUAAAGAUAGUACUAGUGGUUCUCCAACGGAUGUUUCGAGUAGCUCUGAAGAUACUUCUGAUCCUAAAACCACCGUAGAAGAAUACACCACCCCCAGUAACUUUAAAACCCGAGCUUUAUUCUAUGAAGAAUCUUCAGUUUGUUCUGAUCUAGAAAACCAGAUUACUGAGUUUAUUAACUCAUUGUUCUGGGUUUUGGAGUCAAAAAAGCUUGAAAGAUCUCGGGAAAAGUUAGAGAGAGUGUCUUUACUGUAUGCGCCCUUUGAGAAAAAAGAUUUUGUUGGUUUGGAUAUGGAAUCGCGUCAAAAUAAAAAAAGAUGUACCGGAAGAAUGACUAAACAUUUGGGUGAUCUUUGUUUGCAAGCAGGAUUAAUAGCUGAGAGUUUACAGUAUUACACAAAUGCGGCGGACAUUUUGAAAGGUGUAAACGAUUGGUUAUGGCUUGGUGCAGCUUACGAAGGCCUUGCAGCUGCAUCUGCGUUAGUUUUGUACCCAAAUAUGCAAAGAAAUGAACAUUUUCAACGUAUAGGAAGCUUACCGGAAGGUUCCCCUAAGAAACCUAACCCUGAAGCACACCAAAAUAACCCCACAGUUGUGCGUAAAAACAUUCCAAACGUACUGGCGCCUGAUGAUAUAUCAAAAAGAUACAGGGAAGCUAUAAUUCACUAUAGUAAGUACCAGAACGCUGGUAUUAUUGAGACUGAGGCUAGUUUUAAAGCUGCUAGAAUAGCCGUGGAACAGAAUCAUGCAUUACAAGCUGCUAGUUUUUUGCAAAAUGUUGUUUAUAUUAAUUUAUCUUUGUCGGAGCAAGAAAAAAUACAGAGGUUUGAGACACUGGCUGAUUUGUAUACACAAAUUGGAUUUAAUAGAAAGGCUGCGUUCUGUUUGAGACUAGCCGCAACUAGAUAUGUUUCUCCACAAAAUCCCAAUCCAAACUGGAGUAGGUGUUACACUCUAAUGCUGCAAAGUUUAUCAGGGCAUAAGCUUUUAUUGGAUCCAAUCGAGAUGCAGGAAGCUGACCAGGGUUGGGCAGUUCUUCAAAUUCAAAUUUUACAGGACCUUAUAGUUGCGGCGAAACGGGCAGGCUACUCCGCCCUAGCCACCCGUCACAUGACAUUCCUCCUGCAGACCAUGUGGCCCCACUUGAGCCCCACCGAGCAAAAGGAACUGGCCAUCCAAUUGCAGAGCCUUUCCGUGCAGUGCGAGGGUUCCCCCGUGCCGUUGGUGCUCGAUUCGGGCGUGGUGGUACCGCCUGCAAAUCUUACCGAUAUUCCGUUGUGCGCCGGGUUUGUUUUGAGGGAUUCGAAGCCGCACUUGAGGCCGAAGGUGAUCGAGAAAGAGAAGGAGGAUACGGGGCCGUUCUUGUUUACGCCCAUACAUUUCGGUACUGGGAGUCUGGAUAGGAGGAAAGAUAAAUCGAAUCCUAAAAUGGAUUUCUUAUGGGUUGAGAAUGAGGUUUGCGAAGUUUCCCUAAAACUGAUUAAUCCUCUGCCGUUCGAACUGAAAGUCAGCAAUAUGCGUCUGUUAACGUCCGGAGUUGUGUUCGAGUCGGUUCCAGAAACAAUCGUUUUACCUCCAGACGUUCCAACUUCCCUAACUUUAAGUGGAUGGGCAAGGGAAAGUGGAGAAUUGGAAAUAGCUGGAUACAGCACACACGCUUUAGGCGUUAAAUCGAAUUGUAGGUUAAAAUAUAUGAGUAACACGUUUCCGUUCAUGUAUAAAAUAGAUGUAGUUCCUGGCCUACCUGUGCUACAAAUUUCAACAUCGCUUCCCCAAAGCGCGUCGUUUUCAAACUUCCACGACGAUAACAUCGUGACGUCGGCUAGUGUGAGCUUGUAUCACGGAGAGGGCGCGCAGUGCACCGUUACACUGACCAACGACAGCCAGAUACCGAUAGAAAUGCUCGACGUCACGAUAAGCAGCGUUUUGGAACAGAAUCUGCAGGACGAGAUAUUUCGGUUCGACGAGGAGGAGGUGAAGAGGUUAUUGCCGCUGUUGCCAGAUCAAACGGCUACUUUUACUGUGAGUCUGUAUGCUGCGGCGAAUUUUUUGGCGCCAAACACGGCAACGUCGCCUAGUUUGCCUCACGAACUGAACAGCGGACUGUUUAGCAGCAUGUCGACGUCAUUGCCUGGAAAUUCCCUAUCCAGAGUUAACUCCAGUUUUCGUUCGUCAAACUCGGGUCAUUCUAGCUUAGCCGGAGGUCUCACUGCAUUAUUUCAGCAACAACCAAUAAGUUCAUCGGCAGUGGAGGCGCAAUUAAAAUUAAGGUAUAGUGGAGGGGCUGGGCUAGAAUCGCAGCAUUGUCGAACCAGUACGGUAUUUUUCAUGGUAGAAAUGCUACCAUCUCUGCAAGUAACGAAUUGGGAUGUCAUGCCGGCGGAAACGAGCUCGCAGUUUUAUUUGGUUUUGGACAUAAUCAAUUUGACUACGCAAGAAAUGGAACUGGAAUACGCUCAUGCCAAAUGUAUGCUGGUCGAAGCUCAGGAGAGUUGCAGAGUUCCCGUACCGGUCGAUAGAUGUCCCUUAUCGAAGUUAUCAGAUUUCUAUGAAGAAUACAAUCAUUCGAAAACCUCGGUCGAUGUGGACAAAAUCUGUUCGGAGCAUAUAGCGGAACAAGUGAACUUAAAAUGGUUACUGAACGCUACGGAUUCGUCAGGGCUGGCCUCAUUAAAAGGCAUCACGCUGAAUAGUAGAAUGCUGGAUGUCGUUCGAAUGUCGCCAUUACAAUGGGAUGUAAAAAUUAAUGGAGAUGCGAUACACGCCCAAGAAGACUUAUCUUGCGAAGCAGGCGAUUGUAUGGAGCUACAAAUGUCCAUUGGAAACAGUCUGGAAACAUCCAUAAAAGAACUCGCAUUAUCGGUCCAAUUUUAUCAAGAUUACAAUAACGGAACGCUGAAUUACCGGAUGGAUACCAGGCUGGCCAUAGCAGGCACCCCAAAGAAAAUUCUGUCGGUUUUGGAGCCACAAGAAACAGCAAGUCACAAAUGCAACGUAAUAUUUUUUACGCCAGGGUUGUACAAGAUGGAUAUACAAUGUUACACGCCUGACGGUGCCUCGGUUAGUACAGGACCUUUAAUAAAUACAGGGCACGUUUGGAAAUUUACACCGCCGGUGUCGAUUCAAGUGAAAUAAAGUGUAAUAUUUAAAUGUUAUAUUGAAAUUUUAAAGAGUUAUGUUGCCAUAAGUUUUAAUUUAUUUUUGUUAAUAUUUAUUAAUCGUAAUAAAGAAUUUUAUUUAGUAUAU